CUGAGCUGCCGCUCGCUUUUCUGGAAUAACCGGGAGGGGGGGAGGACCCAGGGCGCCUGCCUACUGUCUCCGCGAAGACCCGAGCAGAUUGCCAGCGCGUCUCGGCAGCCAAGCGCCGCCGCCGCCGCCGCCGGGCGGGAGAGAGGGGAGAGAAUUGGUGCCGCCGCUGAAUUUUUAAUGGAAAAAUGGCGAUCUCGGCUCAGACCUGCGGCACAUCUUGCCUCGUCCGGGCUGCGUACGGCCAAAUCCUUCUGUGCCUCGUCCUCUGGGCUCCCGCCGCGAACGGCUACAGCUUUCCCCAGCAGUACACAAUGCAGAAUUGGGCUCAAAGGCUAGAGCGUGAGAUUGAUGGAGUGAUGAAGAUAUUUGGUGAUGUUAAGCAGCUCAGACAGAUCUAUGAUGAGAAGAAGAAUUUAUUUGAAGUAAGAGACAACAUCCCUGAGAAAAUUGUGGAAAAAGUGGCGGGGGACAUUGAGAGUCUCCUGGCCAAGAAAGUCCAAGCUUUAAAGAGACUGGCUGAUGCAGCAGAGAAGUUUCAAAAAGCCCAUCGAUGGCAAGACAAUAUUAAGGAGGAAGAUAUUGAAUACUAUGACUCCAAGGCUGAUACAGAAUAUGAUGACCCAGAGGGGGAAGAGAUUGAAAGAGAGAAAUCCAAUUCCUUGAAGCUGGAAUUCACAGAAGACGACAACUUUAAAACCAAAGUUAACUACUCGUAUGCUGCUGUACAGAUACCUACAGACAUCUACAAAGGCUCCACUGUCAUCCUCAAUGAACUGAAUUGGACAGAAGCCUUGGAGGACGUAUUUGUGGAAAAUCGAAAAGAAGACCCAUCUCUGCUGUGGCAAGUCUUUGGCAGUGCUACAGGUGUAACCCGCUUCUAUCCAGCUUCCCCAUGGAGAGCCCCCAAUAAGAUUGACCUGUAUGAUGUCCGAAGAAGGCCUUGGUACAUUCAGGGGGCCUCAUCUCCAAAGGACAUGGUGAUCAUUGUGGACGUGAGUGGCAGCGUCAGUGGCCUGACACUGAAGCUGAUGAAGACCUCAGUCUAUGACAUGUUGGACACACUCUCAGAUGAUGACUACGUUAAUGUUGCUUCUUUUAACCAAAAGGCACAACCUGUAUCUUGCUUCAAACAUUUAGUCCAAGCUAAUAUCCGCAACAAGAAGGUCUUCAAAGAGGACGUAGAAGGAAUGGAGGCUCAAGGGACCACUGAUUAUAAGGCUGGCUUUGAAUAUGCCUUUGAGCAACUGCAAAAUUCCAACAUCACAAGAGCCAAUUGCAAUAAGAUGAUCAUGAUGUUUACUGAUGGAGGAGAAGAUCGAGUGCAAGAUGUUUUUGAGAAGUAUAACGGACCCAACAAGACGGUACGGGUAUUCACCUUUUCUGUUGGACAGCAUAACUAUGAUGUCACUCCCCUGCAGUGGAUGGCUUGUGCUAACAAAGGCUAUUAUUUUGAAAUUCCUUCCAUUGGCGCUAUCCGAAUCAACACUCAGGAAUACCUCAAUGUCCUAGGAAGGCCCAUGGUCUUGGCAGGGAACAAAGCAAAGCAGGUUCAGUGGACCAAUGUCUAUCAGGAUGCUUUGGGCCUGGGUUUGGUGGUAACAGGCACUCUGCCCGUAUUUAACCUCACUGAAGAUGGUCAGUCUCACGGGAGCAGUGAAUGGAAGAACCAGCUCAUCCUGGGUGUUGUGGGGAUUGAUGUUGCUGUAAAUGAUAUCAAGAAGCUGACACCACGAUACAAUUUGGGGGCUAAUGGCUAUGUGUUCGCUAUUGACCUGAAUGGAUAUGUAUUGCUCCAUCCAAACCUGCGACCUCCGAUCAUCAAUUUUCAAGAACCUGUAACCCUGGAUUUCCUUGAUGCUGAACUAGAGGAUGAGAACAAAGAAAGGAUUCGCCGAAGCAUGAUAGAUGGAAAUAAAGAUCAACAAUAUAUUAGGACUCUGAUAAAAUCCCUUGAUGAGAGAUACAUUGAUAAAGUUCAUAGAACCUACACUUGGGCACCUAUCAAAAGCACAAACUACAGCCUAGGUCUGGUUUUGCCGAAUUACAGCAGGUCAUACAUCCAAGCUAAUCUAAGUGACCAGAUUCUCCAGGUGAAGUUACCAAGCAAAUUGAAGGAUUUUGAAUACCUGCUGCCAAACAGCUUUGAGUCCGAGGGACAUGUAUUCAUUGCUCCAAGAGAAUAUUGCAAAGACCUCAACCUGUCGGAUAACAACACUGAAUUCCUGGAAAACUUUAUUGCCCUCAUGGAAAAGGUGACGCCUGACUCCAAACAAUGUGACAACUUCCUUCUUCACAACCUUAUCCUCGACACUGGAAUCACGCAACAGCUGGUGGAAACAGUAUGGAAGAAUCAAGAUUUAAGCACAUAUAGCCUCCUAGCUGUAUUUGUUGCCACAGAUGGUGGCAUCACCCGUGUUUUCCCUAACAAAGCUGCAGAAGAUUGGGAAGAAGACCGGGAGCCCUUCAAUGCCAGCUUUUAUCGGAGGAGCCUAGAUAAUAAAGGCUACAUCUUCAAGCCACCUUACCGAGAUCCCAACUACAGAGGAUCAGACCUGGACAGCAGUGCAGUUGGGAUCCUGGUUAGCACAGCUGUAGAACUCAACUUAGGAGAAAGGCAUCUGAAGCCAGCAGUGGUUGGAGUAAAACUUGACUUGGAGGCCUGGACACAAAAAUUUAAAGUCCUUGCUAGCAAUCAAACGGAUCAGCAGAAAACACGACGAUGUGACCUCUCCACAAGCUGUGAGAUGGACUGUGAUACUAAUGACAAGGAUCUGCUUUGUGUGCUUAUUGAUGAUGGUGGAUUUCUGGUGAUCUCCAACCAAGAAGACUACAAGUUGCAGGUCGGAAAGUUCUUCAGUGAAGUGGAUGCCCACUUGAUGUCUGCUCUCUACAACAAUUCAUUCUUCACACAGAAAGAAUCAUAUGACUUUCAAUCUGUCUGUGCGCCAGAAGCUCCAAGCAACACAGGAAGUGCACCACGUGGGGUCUAUGUGCCAACCAUGGCAGAUUUCUUGAACCUGGCUUGGUGGACCUCAGCAGCUGCAUGGUCUCUAUUUCAGCAGUUCUUGUAUGGAUUAGCCUAUAACAGCUGGUUUCAAACAGAGGAUGUCUCAGCAGACAGCAUGGAAUCCAAGGAGACCAGCUGCAUCAUGAAGCAAACCCAAUACUAUUUUAGCUCUGUUAACUAUACUUAUAACACCAUCAUUGACUGUGGAAAUUGCUCUAGGCUGUUCCAUGCACAAAGGCUUGCUGGCUCCAAUCUUCUGUUUGUUGUAGCAGAAAAGCCAAUAUGCAAUCAGUGUGAAUCCACAAAACUUCUCCAAGCAGAGAUAAAAGCUCCUCCAGGAGAUCGCAAUCAGUGUGAGCUAGUAGAGAAGCCACGUUACCGGAAAGGUCCCCACAUCUGUUUUGAUUACAAUACAACUGAAGACACCUCAGAUUGUGGCAGAGGGGCCUCCUUUAGACCUUCCCUGAAUAUCUUGUUAUGCUUGCAGUUACUCCUUCUCUAUUUGACUGCAAGUCACCAUCCGCUGCCCUUGGCAUUUUGCCUUUGAAACGCCCAUUUAGCUUAACUCAUCCUUUUAAUUUUAUGCACAUCAUCAUCCCCUCCAGACUUGCUAGAGGACGACUGCUGCCUAGUCCCAUCAAUUCUGGCUGCACCUUGGCAUUCACUCAUGAGGAUUGUUGCUUUCUUCACUCAGAAGUCCAGAAGCUGUUCCCAUUGUUUUUCCUUUUCCUCUAUUCUCUCCUUGCCUUUCCAGUGUCUCUGCAUAGCAGGUUGUGCUAAAGAGAGCUUUGAGAUGACUAGGGGAAGCAUGGACCACCGUGAUCUUCUCCACACAGGGAACAUUCUUGAGCUUUUAUUCAUUGUUCCCCUUUCCACUCAUUGAGCUGUUGGCCAAAUACAAUGAACAGUGGCCCCAUAAUUUUAUUUUGCCAUUGAAUCUGUGGAAUUCUGGGAGACCUUUGUUAGUUUUCAUCUGAAGGAUUUUUAUUAUAGUCUUAAAAGCAUUUAUUCAACAAUACUGACAAUGCUAUUGUAUCUGAAAUAAUGUACUUUCCCAUACCAAUAAUGAAAACUGCAGAAACAACACAGAUCACUAGAACAGAAAAAAACAGAAUAGUGUUGCCAAAUUGAUUGUGUAAUCUAGCAAACCUUCCAGCCAAUUCCAAUGGCUUGUCAAACUCAAAGUAAUCCUAGGAUAUCACCCCCACAUCUCCAUUCCACCCAGUUCACUAUGUGCUUUCCAAGGCCAUUGUUAUCUCUGCCUUUCAUUAGGUGGAUCCCAUUUCCAAUCAAUGAUGAAUUAUUAUUUUAUCCUAAACACUUUAAUCUAGAUCUUUCAACAUCUGAUUUCCAAGCAUUUAGCCUGAGAGAUUAUAGUAUUUAUUGUCAGCAAGAAAGAAACACACACACAAACACAAAGGAUGUCACUUGAAUUUUAAGGUCAGUAUUAUUUAUUUAACCACUAAUUCUGUAAAGAGGACUUGAAGACCAAGCAGGGCAGAAAGAAGUGUGUGAAGAUCCUUUUGUAUACCAUUCCAGUAAUCCAUGUAUGGUUGGAGGACAGAGUAGCUAAGACAAUCUUUAAUAAAAUGAAUAACAAGAUAGAAUUAUUCUCGCAGGUAACAACUAUGGUUUAAACCCAGCAGUCCCCUUUGAUUAUUUUCCUGCUUCCCCCAUUCCUUAUUUGAACCAAUUGAGAAAACCAUAUGAGUUAUUUUAGGAGCUGUUCUCCUUCCCAAAUCAAGAUGAAGUCUUCAGUUGGUAGUUCUGCAGUAUCCAGUCUUCAAGAUAAGCCAAUUAUGGAGAUGACUAAGACAAAGAUGAACUUCAGUUCCUUUUCUUCUAAACUCUAAAGAAUAUUUUCCAUCAUAGUGGCAGCAGCACUCUGUGCCAAACCAAACCAAACCAACCCAUAUGAAGCUGAUAGCCAAAGGUUUUCUUCCUGGACUUUGUGCAGAAACCUAACUGCACCUUUUAGUGCCCUCCUUCCUCCCAGUAUGGAAAUACAGUGGUGAUGAAUGCGACACAACUGGGCCCGUAGAAGCAGAUAUUUUGCAGAGAGAUAAUUCAGUGUCUACGUACUUGAGCUGGGGGAUAUGAAAAUGCUGUGCUUCACAGUGAUGGCAGUUAAAACAUCUGCCGCUCAGCUCAAGCCCACAGAACACCUCUGCUGACUCUGCAAGCAUGCGUUUCAUGUCUGGAAUUAUUAUUUUAAGUGGCUGCAACCAUAUAAUCUAUUGAAGAUUUAAAAGGAAGUAAUACUAGAAUUCGUCAACUGGUGUCCUUAAAAAAUGCCUGUUUUUAGGACUUGUCUUGAGCAGGUUACCAGACUUUGUGCCUGUUAACUAGUGCACAUAUGGUAAUAAAUAUACCUUGCCACA